CGGCCAGAAUCCUUCCUGCAACUCUGAGCAGCAGGAAGCCAGCAAGCGCGCCGCCGCAGCAAACUCGACGCCUCGCGACGCCAGCUCUCUCGCGCGAUGCUCGCACGGCGCGGCGCAGCGGCGGCGGCGCGGCCGGAGCAUCUGGCCGCGCACGCGCACCUCGUCAAGUCGGCGUCCCCGGACGCGUUCCUCGUCACCACCGCGAUGCGCGGCUACCUCCGCGCGUGCCUCCCGCUGCAAGCCCUCCUCCUACUCCGCUCGCUGCUCCCGCGGGCCCCUCGCUUGCUCGGCAACUCCUUCUCCCUCUCACUCGCGCUGCAGGCCACCGCCGCAGUCUCUGGCUCCGAGCCCGCCACGCUUGGCUGCGGCCUCGGCUCCGCGUCCCUCCACGCGUGCGCGUUCAAGUCCGGCUUCGCAGCUGCUGACCUCUUCGUGCGCACUGCGCUCGUAGAGGCCUACGCCAAGGCGGGUCGCGCGGACCUCGCGCGCGCCGCGUUCGACGAGGCGCCACGCCGGGACGUGUUCCUCACCAACGUCAUGCUCGCGGCCUACGUUGCGCGCGGUGAGGUUGCGGAGGCGAGAAAGGUGUUCGACGGAAUGCGGGACAGAGACUUGGUCUCAUGGAACACGAUGAUCCACGGGUAUGCGGUGAAGGGGGAGGUCUCCAUGGCAAGGGAGAUAUUCGAUGGGAUGGAGAACAGAGAUGCCUUCUCCUGGAGCUCGAUGAUGUCAGCAUACGCCAAAGCCCAGAGGUCCAAGGAGGUGUUGGAGCUGUGGCAAGAGAUGCGCACGGCCCAUGUCUCCCCAGACGGCAUCACCAUGGUGAGCGUGCUCUCGGCAUGCGGCCACAUGGGGGCGCUGGCCGUUGGUGCAGAGGUGCAUCAGUUUGUGGAGAGCAACGGGAUCGAGGUGGAUGUCAAGCUUGGAACUGCUCUGAUCGACAUGUAUGCCAAGUGCGGUGACAUCGAGAAUUCACUGAGAGUGUUCCACUCAAUGCCAGCAAAGGAUGUGGUGACUUGGAGCUCGAUGAUCAUCGGGUUGGCCAAUCAUGGGCUUGGACAUGAUGCUCUCAGCUUGUUCUCAAGGAUGAUAUCCCAAGGACUGCAACCAAAUGAUAUUACCUUCAUUGGAGUUCUUAUAGCCUGCACUCAUCUUGGUCUCGUGAGCGAUGGCAAGAAGUAUUUCAGCUCAAUGAGUGUAGUGCACGGUGUAGCACCAAAAGUUGAGCACUAUGGAUGCAUGGUCGAUCUUUUAGGGAGAUCAGGUCAUAUUGAGGAGGCAAGGCAGCUCAUCAGUGACAUGCCAUUUGAGCCAGAUGCAGUAAUAUGGAGGGCACUUCUUGGGGCUUGUCGCAUCUAUAAGAAUGUAGAAGUUGCAGAGGAAGCUAUGGCUAAACUGCGACUAUUGGAUCCUCAUGCCGAUGGGCACUACGUCUUACUGUCAAACAUAUAUGCACAAGCAAAUUCAUGGGAAGGUGUUGCCGAGAUGAGGAUGAUGCUUAGAAGGGAGAACAUUCAGAGAAUUCCUGGAAGAAGCUCAAUUGAGUGGCAGAACACAAUUCAUGAGUUUGUUUCUGGCGAUAGAUCACAUCCAAGGUCCAAGGAGAUCUAUGAAAUAUUGGAAGAGAUGAUGGAUCGCUUGAGACAAGCUGGAUAUAGACCAAUGACAGGCUUAGUGUUGCAAGACAUUGAUGAACAAUCUAAGGAGCGUGCAUUGGCUGAACAUAGUGAGAAGCUGGCCAUUGCUUUUGGUCUGCUAACCACCCCUGCAAGGUCAACUCUCCGAAUAACAAAGAAUCUUAGAACUUGUGAAGACUGCCAUUCAGCUAUUAAGCUUAUUUCCUUGGUAUACAAUCGCAAGUUGAUCAUUAGAGACCGUAACCGUUUCCACCAUUUCAGUGAAGGACAAUGCUCAUGCAAGGACUACUGGUGAAGUUGCAAACUUGUACCAAAGGGGUUUUUAUCUUAUAUUCAUGAGCUUGAGAGUUGUUCCUUUAGUUGAACACGCAUCUGAAAGGAUUUCAUUCAAAGAACAACAUAUCAUACUCUCCUUCUUGAGUCGUGAAAAUCGUCAGGGGCUUCAGAAUCAAAGAAUCUUACAUUCAUUUAUCAAUAUGUAAGAGAAAUAGAGACCAGGACCGAAAGCUGCCUGAAGAAAUGCAGAGAGGAUGAGUACUGGAUGACGCAGUGCAUCCAAUUAUUGGGACCGUGCACGCCACCUCUACAAGCGAAAAGCCAUUUUAUCCACUCGGUGGCUUCCGGAUUUCGUAGAGGUAACCAGGCAAAGAGCAUCAACCCCCAAGACAAGACAACUCUGUCGCUAUCUCGUUCAUCGGUGUGGCGUGCUGGGAGUAGGGUUGAAAACGGUCGGAAUCGGUCGGGAUAACCCCGUUACCGUUUUCACUUUUACAUUUUAAUACGAAAGCGAUAUCGAAAACGAACAAGUCGAACACGAA